GUCGUGCUCAUGGUUGUGCACGCAAAGCAGCUGCUGCUGACGGUUGUUAUUACAGUCUUUUUUGCAAGAGCAGGAACUCAGCAGCUAUUAUCUCUGCCAAACUGCCCAACAAAGUGUGGCUCUGUCACCAUUCCCUUCCCAUUUGGAACCACCAAGGACUGUUCCUUGGACAGCACCUUUCUCAUCAAUUGCAACAAAACAUCUUCAACGCAUGUACCUUUCUUGCCGCAGAGUAAUCAAAGUGUCCUAAACAUCUCACUCGAUGGUGAACUGCGCGUUGCAUGGCCAGUAGCAAGUGAUUGUUAUGCUGAAAAGAGCGAACAGGUGAACGAGACAUAUUGGGAUAUCAACAUGACACAUUUUUCUGUCUCGUCAACUCGAAACAAGUUUGUCGCAGUUGGAUGUGACACGCUUGCAUUACUAGCAACAUAUGAUUCUGAAGGGAAAAACUACAGCACAGGAUGUAUGGCUUUGUGCAAUAGGCUAAAUGAUAUUGUGGCCAAUGAAUCUUGCUCCGGCACUGGUUGUUGCAAGGUUUCAAUACCCCAAGAUCAUGUGUUGACAAAUGUAACCUAUGGUACUCUAGGUGUAUUCAACAAUCACUCAGCAGUACAUGAUUUCAAUCCAUGUGGUUAUGCUUUUUUGGUUGAAAAUGGAGCCUACAGUUUCACAUCCACAGACCUCCUCAAGUUGGAGAAGGAGGAGUUUCCGGUGUUGUUGGAUUGGGCAGUAGGGAACCAAACGUGCCAGCAAGCUCAAAAGGAUCUUUCAAAUUAUGCCUGUAAGGACAACAAAAGUACAUGUUACGAUGCAACCGAGAGAUCUGGUUACCUUUGCAGAUGCUUCAAUGGAUAUUGGGGAAAUCCUUACCUGAUUCAUGGUUGCCAAGAUAUUAAUGAAUGCACGGAGUCCAAUGACUGUGUUGAGGGGGCAACAUGCAUCAAUCUUCCAGGAAGCUACCAGUGUUUAUGUCCGGUUGGAUACGAGGGAAAUGGGAAGAUGAAUGGAACAAAAUGCAGCUCAAAAUCAAGUACCAAAUCAAGGAAAGAGAUCAUAUUGAUUAUUGCAUUGAGUGUCAGCAUAAGCCUCGUAACACUACUGGUUGGAAGCUUUUAUGCAUAUUUGGCAAUGAAGAAAAGAAAGCACAUUAAACUUAAAGAACAAUUCUUUCAACAAAACGGCGGCUUACUGUUACAACAACAACUAGUGAGACAUGGAGGGUCAAAUGAAACAGCUAAAGUCUUCACUGUUGAGGAACUAAAUGAAGCAACCGACAACUUCGAUGAAGGCAAGAUCCUAGGCCAAGGUGGUCAGGGAACAGUUUACAAAGGAGUUUUACAAGAUAAAAGAAUUGUAGCAAUAAAGAAGUCCAAAAUCAGUGAUCCAAAACAGAUUGAGCCGUUCAUCAAUGAAGUGAUCGUGCUUUCCCAAAUCAACCAUAGAAAUGUGGUAAAGCUCUUGGGUUGUUGUUUAGAGACAGAAGUUCCCUUGCUUGUGUAUGAAUUCAUUUCCAAUGGAACUGUUCAUGAGCAUCUUCAUGAUCAAAAUCAAUCUUUAAAGCUCACAUGGAAAACAAGAUUGAGAAUAGCAAAAGAAACUGCUGGAGUCUUGGCAUACUUGCAUUCCGCAGCAUCUUCACCAAUCAUACACAGAGAUGUGAAAUCUACAAAUAUACUCCUAGAUGACAAUCUCACCGCAAAGGUUUCUGAUUUCGGAGCUUCUAGGAUUGUUCCUCUUGAUCAUAGUCAAAUAAAAACCCUAGUGCAGGGGACAUGGGGGUACCUUGACCCGGAAUAUUUCCAUACAAGCAAAUUAACAGAAAAGAGUGACGUUUAUAGCUUUGGGGUUGUACUAGCAGAGCUACUGACAGGAAAGAAAGCACUAUCUUUUAGCAGGCCGGAGCUAGAUAGAAACCUUGCAGUGUAUUUUGUUUCUUCGAUGAAAGAGGGUCGAUUACAUCAUAUUUUGGACAGAAAUAUAGAUGAGGCGAAUAAUGAGCAACUAAAGGAAGUUGCCCAUAUUGCAGAAAGAUGUUUAAGAGUGAAGGGUGAGAAAAGACCAACCAUGAAAGAAGUGGCAAUGGAAUUAGAGGCAAUAUUAGUUUUUGAAGAGCAUCCUUGGGGAAGUGGCAAUUUGUGUUCAGAAGAGACUGAUAACUUGUUCAGAGCAGCAACAUCGGUUAUCAGUGUUGAAAAUGGUGGCAAUAAUUCUCCAAACUCAUAGCAUAAACCUUGCAUAGACUUCACUCUGAUACCACAUGUUACUAAAAUGCCUUUAUAUUUAGAUGUGUCACAAUUUGAUUUUUUACUCUUCAAAACUUUCUUUUCAUGUGUAGGGAUAAAAUUGCACUGACUUAACAUUUUCUUCUCUAUAUAAGUUCUUAUAAAUAUAUGAAUAUUUUUCAUAUGUCAUUGAAAUACGUCAAAAUUAACUUCUUUAAGUGUUUUAUUAAUUAAUUAUAAUACUUAUACUUCUUAAAUAUAUAAAUUGUUGAGUAGUGUAAUACUAACUAAACGUUCCAUUUCAAAAUAUAAAUGCCAACUAAAAUGUUACACCAAUGUAAUCCGAAACCGUCGAAUUGAAACUUCUUUUUAUUUGUUCUCAUUACUGUUGAAAUUUUGAAAUUAAUCUGUAU